AUAAUUUGUGCAUAUAACUGCAUUAUGAUGAGGCCGAAGUUCAAACUAUGACCUGACUACUUAGUACUUAAUAGAAUUAUAUAAAUUAUAUUUAUUAUUAAAAAUUGAAGUAUCGUCUAGGUUGAUUCAUUUUUAAUUCUCUAUUAGGUAAUCAUAUUGUCAUGUUACGUUUAUUUCAUACCAAACCGUUCAAUUUGUCAACAUUACGUUCUUUCAUUCCUAGACAACCAACUAGAAGUUAUUCAUCCUUUAUCAAAAAUGCGCCAUAUAAAAAACCGAUACCUCUACCAUCAAUCAAUUUAACUAAAUUAAAUCCUACAUGGAUGCUUGUUGGAUCUGUAGGAUAUAUUGGAUGUAGAUAUUUAAUUAAUGGAAGUAAUAUAGUCCAUUGCCAACAUAAAGAACUAGAAGGAACAUCAGACAACCAUUUUGAUUGGAAUAAGUUAUUGUCUUAUUUGUCACCAGAUAUAUUUAACUUAAUAGCUGCUAUUGCUGCUGCAUUCAUUGUUGCUCUGUGCAAUUUAAGUAUUCCAAUCAACUUGCAACAUGUUAUAAAUACUAUACUUAAGUUUGCUAAGGAUGAAAUACCAUUUGAUUUUAAAAAACUUACUGACCCAUUAUCCAAAUUAUUAGCUCUCUAUUUAAUGCAGGGCCUAUCGACAUUUAUAUGUAUAAGCAUGCUGUCAAAAGUUGGAGAAAAUGUUGCUAUACGUAUGAAAUAUAAUCUUUUUUCAUCUAUACUUAAACAAGAGCUAGAAUUUUUUGAUAAAACACGUACAGGUGAUAUUUUGCAAAGAUUAACAACAGAUGUGCAAGAUUUUAAAAGUUCUUUUAAACUUGUAAUAAUACAAGGCCUCAAAAAUGUGACCCAAUUAAUUGGCGGAGUUUAUGCUCUUUACAACACAUCACCAGAAAUGACUGCAGCUGUAGCUAUUAUUUUACCAACUAUUAUUGUUAUAGGCACAUUUUUUGGUUCUAUUUUGAGAAAACUUAGUAAACUGGCUCAAGAACAAGGUACUAAAUCUACAAUUAUAGCUGAAGAAGUGAUUGGAAAUAUGAGAACUGUUCGUGCCUUUGCAUCUGAAUCUACAGAAUGUGAAAGAUUUUUAACAGAAAUUGAAAACAAUGGAUUGUUGCAUAAGAAAUUGGGUUAUGGUAUUGGUCUUUUCCAAGCAAGUUCUAAUGUAUUCCUUAAUGGCAUUGUUUUGGGAACAAUAAUUCUUGGUGGACAACUUAUGACAACCUCUAGUCUUGAUCCUGGACAGCUUAUGUCUUUUCUCAUGGUUACCCAAAUGCUUCAACAUUCUUUAGGGCAAUUUUCAUUGUUAUUUGGUCAUUAUGUAAAAGGUGUCUCAGCAGGAUCUAGAAUAUUUGAAUAUAUUAAUAAGACUCCUAAAACGCUUAUUAAUGACGGAAUUAAGAUUCCACAUCAUUCUUUUAAACCAGAAAUUGAAUUUAAAGAUAUCACAUUUUCAUAUCCAACUAGACCUGAACAAGUUAUAUUGAAAGAUUUCAAUCUUACUCUACCUCCUGGUAAAGUGGUUGCUGUUGUUGGAUCUUCUGGAAAUGGUAAAUCUACUAUUGCUGCACUUCUUAUGAGAUUUUAUGAUGUUAAUUCAGGAAGUAUAAUUAUUGAUGGUGUAGACAUUAAAAAACUUGAUCAGACUUGGUUGCGUAAGAGAGUAAUUGGAUUAAUUAAUCAAGAACCAAUAUUAUUUGCAAUGUCUAUCUUAGAAAACAUACGCUAUGGAAAGCCAGAAGCAACAGAUAUUGAGGUUAUUGAAGCUGCAAAAAUAGCAAAUGCAGAUUCUUUUAUCACUUCUUUUCCUAAUGGCUAUAAUACAAUUGUUGGGGAACGAGGUGUAACAGUUUCGGGAGGACAAAAACAAAGAAUUGCUAUUGCAAGAGCUAUUUUGAAAAACCCAGCAAUACUAAUAUUAGAUGAAGCAACAAGUGCACUUGAUACAGAAUCUGAAAUGCAUGUGCAAUCAGCAUUAGAAUCAGUAACAAAAGGGAAAACAGUUUUAGUGAUUGCCCAUCGAUUAAGCACUGUAAAAAAUGCCGAUGUUAUUGUAGUUUUGAAUAAAGGUGAAAUUGUUGAAAUUGGGGACCAUAACACCUUAUUGGGAAAGAAAGGUUUUUAUUGGAAUCUAAUGAAUCAGCAGACAUCAGACAAAGCAAGUGCUGCAUAAAUUAUAUUACAAGGCAGUGUUAAAUUGAAUCUGUGUUUAGGUAAUAUUUUUAGUUAGUAAUGGUUGUUUUGAAUAUUUUAAUGUUUUUAGUUUUGAUAAGUUUAUACUUGUUUGUUUAUAAAGUGUUAUAAAAUUUUAAAUAUUCACAAUAUCAAAUUAUUUUUAUAGCAUAGGUAUUAUAUUGAAUAAUUUAAAAAAAAUUAUUUUCUAUCAGAGGCGGUUUUUUACAAUUUUUGGUAAAUUAUUAUUAUGGUGGCGGGUAGUUUGUUGGACAUGUUUUACUGAUAGAAAUUUAUAGUUUUCAUUUUGAAUAAAGCAAUAAUCAUAGUUUAAAAUCAUUGAAUUAUCAGUUAAUUGUUAAUUUUUAGUUUUUAACACUUAAAUUCUAAACUGAACUACUGUAAGAAUUAUGUGGAUGUACCUAUCUUGUACUAAUUAUGAUAAUUUAAUACUUUUAAAUCGCCUCUGUUUAUUACUUCUUGAAAAUUGUUAUUUUUUAAUCAUUGUUCUGCCUUUUUUUUUUUUU